AUGUCGUCCUACCGAGGAAGUGGUCGUAGCGACUAUGAUGAAGUCUACGAGCGCAGGACCGCUCGCCGCAGCCCCCCCAGGAGGGCGCCUGUCCGCGAGUAUGAAGACGUCGACGUUCGCGUCCGCGAGAGAGAUCGUUCCAGAGAGCGUGUAGACCGCACUCCUGCUUUUCUCCGGGAGGACGCCCGCCGCACCGACGCUGGUGCCCUCGUGCUCCGUGCUCGCGAGGUCGAGACCAUCGACCGCCGCCGCGUACCCUCUCCCAGCCCCCCUCCCACAGUGCGAUCCCGCAGCAUCCGUCCUCGCUACGUUCAGCGCUCGCCCUCUCCAAGCGUUCAUGUCGAUGUUGACACACGCGUCAUCGAGAGGCGGCGGCCUCGCUCCCCAACCCCGGAGCGUGAGCGUGAGGUUGAUGUCGACCUCCGCAUCGUCCACCGCGAGAAGGAGCGUGCGCCAACUCCAGAGCCCCCGCCGCCUCCGCCAGAGCCUCCAGUCAUCCGAGGUCCCACUAUUGAGAGAGAAGUUAUUACGCACUACCGCGACAUUGACCAUGGUGUGAUCCGUGUGCGACAGCCGUCACCAUCACCGCCCCCGCGGCCAGCCCGUGUCACUAAGCACGAGACAGAUAUUGACAUCAACAUCUCUCGCCAUGACACAGACGUGGAAAUUCAGAAGCGCGCGCGCUCCCGGUCUCGGCCACGGCCCAGGUUCUACGAUGAUGAGGACAUUCACAUUGACAUUGAUCGCAACCGCAUCCACAUAGAUGAGCACUCCCACGAGACACGACGACGGGCACUCUCUGAGGUGCGCAGACCACCUUACGAGGAUGAGGCGAAUUACAUCACGAGCAAGAUCGAUUCGCGCGGCCGUAUGGGUGAGGCGUGGCACGGGGCCACCAAGGACUGGACGAUUGUGGAUGUGCCACCCGGAACGGAACGGGUGCAGAUGGACGGUGUCGGCGGUGGCGGCGCGGAAGUGACAUGGCAACGCUACAACGGCGUCCGCCGCGCAAAGUUCAUCCCUGAGCGCGAUGGCACGGUGGUGUCCUCGAAUUCGAUCAUUGAGCGCGGCCGCGAUCUCGAUCACCACCACCACCACGAUCACGAACUGAGCGUGGAUGUUCACAUUAACAAAAACCACAGCCAUGAGAGGUCCAGGUCUCGUGCUCCCGAGGUGGUCGAAGAGAUUCGCGACAGGCGCAUCUCCAUCCGCGACGGCAAGUCCAAGAAGGACAGUGACAUGUGGACCGAGAUCACCAAGGAUCUGGUUGUCCGUGAAGCCAUCGAGAAGCGUGGAUACGCAUACGAGGAGACCGAGUUCUUCUUCUACGUCAUGCAGUACUUGGCCUAUGAGGACGUCCUCGAGCUCGUUGAGAUGUCUGACAGAAUCCGACGGAGACGCCGCGAGAAGGAGCGAUAUGUGGACUGGGAGCGGGAUGCCUUCCGCGACGACUGGGAACGGAAGAGCCGGCACUACCACUCGCACACCUAUGGCGGGGCCCGGUCGUCGCACUGGGACAAGUACGAUACCGAGCGUCUCCGCGAGCAUGACGUCACGUACGAGCGGUUGCGAUACUAA